AGCAACCCUUUGUUCACGUUCACACAGCGACAGACCUACUGAGAAAUUGAGCAGAGGCAGCAGCCACAGAUCAGCUCGCAAGAAACAAAAUCAAACCCAGAAACUCAGUCAGAAAUGGCUUCGAAGGUGUCUCUGAAGGCGGGGAAAGGGAAGGUAGUGAAAAAGUCGGCGGCAGCGGACGAGGAGGAGGGGUCCAUGGCGGUGGCGGCGAAGUUCGUCAAGGAGUGGAGCACCUGGACUAUGAAGAAGGCUAAAGUCAUCACUCACUAUGGUUUCAUCCCGAUGGUCAUCAUCAUCGGCAUGAACUCCGAACCUAAGCCGUCUCUCUCUCAACUCCUCAGCCCCGUCUAAAACCAUUUAUCUGUUGAUGUUGAAUUCCCUUGUUUUGUUGUGUCUAUCACUUGACAUUGUGGUCUGGGAUUUUAAUAUAGUGUACGGGAUGUAUUCGAGUAUUUUCGUUCUUCUGAUAUAGUGCUAGGGAUUUACGCGGAGUUUUUUCAAAUGCUGGUUAUAUAAUAUGGCUUAAUAAAACGGAUUUAGUUUGGCUGUUGAUUUUGAUUUGGUGUCAUAUAACACACUGCUUCUUUCGGGUAUCAAUGUUUAGUACUUUUUCUUAGGACUCCUGAA